GUGUGAUUUCAUGAUUGCCGGAUCCCUUCUUAACCACGGGUGGCCCUGGGCUAGACCGACCCAGUUCUUGCAGACAGACCCUAGAACCCCAUGACCUCCCUUAUCGAGCACGUCCCCAGUUUCACACAAAGUUAUCGCCCAGUCACGGACCAUCACUCCAAAACAAGCCAUUGCUCGACCCGAGGUAAUAUUAAUUGAUUGACCCCCGGAAUCCGGAAUAUUAUUGUCCCACUGCCAGUUUACUUAGUGGCAAGUGCUGCCGCAUCUCCGUACACGCACUCUCAUGGACGUAGAUCCCGAUUCUGACUUCCGUGUUCGAUUCCAUGCACCUCAGCUAGCACCGAUGCACAUUCCGGGCUGGGAUUAUAGCAAUAUCCCAGAGCUUGUCAACUUGCCCGACUGUGUGCCUGACGAAGAUGUACGCCCUCUGACAGAACUCCAUCAUAACAUUCAGUCUGCGACCAACCUCGUCGAAAUCGAGCGCCAUCUACGCGCGUUAGCCCUCAUUUGGGAAGAUUACUACCUUCCCAAGUAUCCUGUUCCCUUCUUUCAAGUGCGCGUUGCCGAUGUACGCGCGACCGGCGGGUCCCUCAGUACCGCUCUCCCACUGUACGACGAGGUUCUGCAUGGUAUCAAUGGCGAGAACGGCGCAUCAUUUGCUCAGUUCGUAUCAACAGUACGGAUGCUAGCGCAAGGUGAUGCGGAGCAGCAAGCUCGCAGCACGGGUUCCCUCACUUUCUUCCAACGCUGGAAGCCCGCGCGUGAGCAUGCCAAUCCCUUCAACUGGCCCAUGCUCCCGCCAGCGUCAGCAGACAUCCUGGCUACAUGGCGCACGAGUCCAUACCAACGACAGUACCUCAACUUCAUCUGGAUCAAGGCACAAUUCCUGGAGGGCACCUUCCACUUGGUUGGGGAGUCUGUAGAUGCGCUCACUCAUUGGGGAUUUGCACCCCACCUAGUGCGAUGCGAUACCAGAAGCGAUCUCAAAGACCCCGAUUCCAUUGUUCAAGCGUUAAUUGACCUCGAAGACGCCUUUUCUGCCAUCAUCCCAUGCCACGAGCGCCCUGAGCUCCUGACCCCUGGGCUGAUACAAGCUGUGCACGCCAAGCUGAUGCGCACAUCAAAAGUGAAGAUCAAUGACCCAAUGGUUGGAGGCAUGCAUUAUAUCAACGCGGGUUUCAGUCGCCAAACGACUCAGAAGUCAGUGGUGAGACGUAGCCAGCAGUAUAAUCUCGCAUUUUGCCCUGCGGAACGCGUGGACCAGCAGCUGGAGUAUAUCUGUCGGAUGGGGAAGCAAUACAUUGCUCGCUGGAGGAACCCGUUUGCGACGGCUGCUUGGCUCCACGUCACUUUCGUGCGGUGUCAUCCAUUCGAUGAUGGAAAUGGCCGCAUGUCACUCCUUAUCUCGUCUAUCCCGCUUAUGCGCCACGGAUUCCCACCGCUCUGCAUCACUCCGUCGCUGAGGAGUGUGUAUUAUGAUGCGUUGAAUAUUGCCUGGGAGGGCGACUUCCAGCCCCUAAUCAACUGCUUUGUAGACUCAAUGAACUCGAGUCUCGAAGACGUGCAACGAAUCAUGGGCGUCGCUUAAUCUCCGCAUAUCUGCGACUUGGGUUGAAGAAGACCAAGUCGACUCGGCGAAUUGGUUAUGUUCUGGAUGUCGUAUCAUCAUCGUCUCGCCUCGUUUUUAAAAAUGAAAACGAAAACGUUAAUUGGUGUCUUUGUAUGCAUUUCUUUAACGUGUGGAUUAGGAGCCUGGUUGUUGUAGUAUAAUAAUCCCGUUGUUCUUACUAUCAUGCUCAUGUUGUACCCUUCCCCCUUCCUGCUGCUAGCUCCAUCACACGUUACCUCGAGCUCUCCUCAUCCCUUCCAUGCCCUCAGUUCUGUUUUGAUUGCUCCCCGAUAGUUCCAGAUACCUGCGCCUUGCCAUGGAUGUAUGAUAUAUGUAGCAGUCUAUUUCUGAAUUUCUAGAUGUAUUUUCUAGACUGUCAGAGGUCGACGGAAGAAUCAACUCGCAUACUCGAUCAACCAGG